AUUGUAAAGAACCUUUUGCUAAAAAGAUGAUGUCUCUUGCCGCUCGUUCGGGGGCAUUUUCCCCAUACUUGCAGGCUACGAGCUAUGCGGUUGCUGGGCCCCUUAAAGCCCUUAUUCCAGCGGUGGUUGUAAAAGGUGAUAACGUUUUGGUAGACACGAAGAAACCCUUCUUAACCCGUGAGUCCCUCAACGGUCAGAGUCCUAAAUCUGGGCCUGCAGUAUCAGUUAGCAUAAAUGCAAAAGCUGGUGUCCGCUUCGCUCACACUGACAUUAAGGUCCCAGAUUUCUCUGAUUACCGUCGGCCUGAGCUGCUUGACCCCAACAAAUCUUCACAGGAGAGCAGCGAGUCCAGGAAAGCCUUCUCCUACCUUGUCACCGGGGCCACCGCCGUGGUGGGUGUCUACACAGCCAAGACCGUGGCCGCGCAGUUCGUCUCGAGCAUGAGUGCCUCAGCUGAUGUCCUUGCCAUGUCCAAGAUUGAGGUAAAGCUAUCAGAAAUUCCAGAAGGCAAGAACAUGACCUUCAAAUGGAGGGGCAAGCCCUUGUUCAUCCGCCACCGGUCGGCGAAAGAGAUUGCUGCGGAGGAGGCCGUGGAGAUGGCCGAGCUUCGUGACCCCCAACACGACAAGGACCGUGUCACCAACCCAAAAUGGAUCAUUGUCAUUGGCGUGUGCACCCACCUCGGCUGUGUGCCCAUCGCCAACGCCGGCGACUACGGUGGGUACUACUGCCCUUGCCACGGCUCUCACUACGACGCCUCUGGCCGCAUCAGGAAAGGUCCUGCACCACUCAACCUGGAGGUGCCCUACUAUGAGUUUCCAGAUGAGGACACAGUCGUCGUAGGCUAAGUUUGUGGACUGAGAUCAGUAUGUUUCUGUCUGGUUCAAUAUUCCAUCAAUUAGCAGGCGCAGCCUCUGUUUUAGGGUGGUAUAAAUUAUUGUAAGUAAUAAAUGUACAUUUUAUCG